AGUAGUCUUCUCAAGUGACAAUUAGCCGUCAUUUUAUAUCUCAUAAUUCUGAAGGAAAUGAGAAACAAGUGAAAAUUUGUCAAAACAAGAGGUACUUUGACGUUGGGAUAAAACCGCUGUAUUAUUUUGUCACCUGGGGAACAGUUCCUUUUACAAAUGGUAUCUAAAUUAUUUGUUUUCCAAUCUACACAAAAAAUAAAUCACUGUGCCUUCACUGCAAUAAUUUUUUUUGUGACCCUAUUGUUGAAGGUGAGAGAAACUUCUCAGGUGUUAGAAUAACCAUGUCGCAUUGAUUUAUUUUAAGUCGACAAAUAGAUUAAUGAGGAUUAAAAUCAAAUAUGAUAAAUUCAUGACGAAUAGUACAACAAAGCAAAAGGCAUAUUUAGUACUCAGGUUAGAUAAAUACCUCUAAAAUGAGUGAAAGUGAACCAAAAUGGGCUUGUGAAUAUUGUACAUAUGAGAAUUAUCCAUCAUCUUUAAAAUGCACUAUGUGCAGAGGUCCGAAACCGUUCAUAAGUGAAGAUAUAUAUCGCCUACAUGGCGAUAAAAUUAAUGUAGAUGAAAACUUUUCUUCCACCAUCGGUUCCGCAGCCGGACCCUUGGAAAACAAAUCAAAAUGCCCUAAGAGACCUACAGAAUAUUGUACCUACAUAAAUUCCUCAAAUAUAUGUAUAUAUUGCGGGUCUACCCCAGUAUCGGCCAAUACUCUGCACGAACAUAUUCAGCCGUUGAAAAUCUCUCAACAUUCUGAUUUAGCCCAAAGUUUAUCUCAACCUAGAAACAAUAGCCCUCCUGCAAGUUUAACCAACCUGGAGAAUUCUAGGAGAACUUCGCAAGCAAAGUGGAUUUGCUCGAUGUGUACUUAUGAAAACUGGCCAAAGUCAGUCAAAUGUGCGAUGUGCGGAUCUAGCAACGGCAGCCAACGAUCCCAAGCCGCCAGUCUUAUAAUGCCUUCUCCGGAUCGAAUUCCAGAAUCUGAUAUCAAUCAGGAUGAUAGAUACAAAGAUUAUAUUUUAGAUACUAGCCAGGGUCAAAACAAUCACGAAAAUGAACGUAAGAUGCGACGUCUCAAGCGAAACGCGGAUUGGAAUUGGUUAAAUGCCUGUAUAGGUGUAAUUGAAGGCGAUCCGAAUCCUGUCGAAGCUUACCUUUCUUCAGGCGGAGAUCCUGCGCGUACCCUUACAGCCUCAGAGGUGGCUAUUUUGAAUAGAAGUUCCGCUUUCGAUGUUGGCCACACCUUAGUACAUUUAGCUAUAAGAUUUCAAAGAGAGGAUUUAUUAGCAGUGUUAUUAUCGCAAAUAGAGGGCUCCGGAUCGGGUGUGAAACGCGUCCCGAGUUACGUAGCUCCCGACAUAGCGGCCGACAUCAGACGCCACUUCUCUUCUACGAUUCGUCAGAGGAAAGGCAAUUUUCCUUGUAAUUUCGUCACGGAAUUCCCCACGUUUACCUUACCAGCAGAAGUCGAUGAAUUACCCGCCCCCGUGCAAGAUCAGCUCUUCGCUGAACUACUGGACAAAGACGCUCAGGAGCAAUUAGAGAAUGACCCUGCCGUGAUCAAUUGGUCUUUAGAUAUUACCGUCCGUCUCGGGUCUAGGCUUUACGCUCUCUGGAACAGAUCUGCAGGAGAUUGCCUGUUGGAUUCUGUCAUGCAAGCCACGUGGGGGGUGUUCGACAGGGACAACAUGCUCAGGAGGGCCUUAGCGGAGAGUCUCGGACAGGGAGGUCAUAUUUUCUAUCCUCGGUGGAAGGAAUAUGAAUCUAGUCACGCCUCUUUCCUGCAGUAUUCCUUGGAGGAGGGCCAGUGGGAGGAGGACUGGACAAGUCUGAUCUCCCUGGCCAGCCAACCGGGUACGAGUCUGGAACAGUUGCAUGUAUUCGCCCUCGCGCAUAUCCUGAGGCGUCCUAUUAUCGUGUACGGCGUGAAAUAUGUCAAAAGUUUCAGGGGAGAAGCCAUUGGAUAUGCCAGGUUUGAGGGUGUAUACUUGCCUCUACUGUGGGAUCAGAGUUUCUGCAUACGCACUCCAAUAGCUCUGGGCUAUACAAGAGGGCAUUUUUCCGCGCUCGUUCCCAUCGAACCUUACAGCAGAAUAGAUUCCAGGCCACCCGUACAACACGGCAACAACAUGAGCCCCGAUCACCUGCGAAGCACCUUCCUGCCGCUAAUGGAUAGGGACAGGAAGCUGUUGCCGAUUCAUUUCUUGAUGGAAUCGGAGUUGGGACGAGAAGAAACGAUCCUGAGGCAGUGGCUGGAUGUGUGCGAGACGGAGGGAGGCAUCUUAGUUGCUCAACAACUGCUGCAUAAAAGACCUUUAUUAGUUGCUCAAAUGGUCGAGGAGUGGCUGAAUCACUACCGGCGUUUGUCACAAAUGACAUCGGCACCAUUUGUCAGGCCAAUUCCGAUACAGGAUUAUUCUAGCGAGGGGGACACGGACGACGAAUAACGCAGGCUUAAGUUCGUGGUUGAUUAGCACGAAACAACUAGUGAUGCUUUAGUACCUAAUGUAAUAAAUUUGUCUCGAGAUGGUGAAUAAUAGAUUUAAAAUUAUAUAGUGUAUAUAGGGUCUUUAGCAGCUGGAAAAAGAUGUUGCACUUAAAGCAUGGGUUUUCGAUUAUAAUUUUCGGGCUGAUCUACACUUAAUUUCGGAGUGCAUUAUUCUUCCUCUUGCCUAUGCAGAUGUUGUAUAGUUUUUUUUUUGUGGGUAGGAUAUAUUUAUUUUUAUAGGUAGCUAAAGUACAAAAUAAAAGGUUUAAAUUAUUAAUGUAAUAUUUCAUCGUAUUUAUUUUUACAAUCGAACGAAUUAAGAGCAGGUGGAUGUACGAGUGACAAAAAGUAACGCUUCGAGUACGUUAACACUAAACCUUAAAAUUUAAUUAUUCCCGUCGGAAUUCGCCGUCUAGCUGCUUUUAAUUUGCGACUCUGUUAUGCUUUAAAUAUAUAAUUUAACCGAAUUGUGAGUUAUUUAUUAUUUUGUUGGGAUGUUUUUCGUUUUGUAGUUGUUCUGUGCUGUAAGAUAUCGUCUAAAGAUGUAGUUAUCGAAACCUUGUAAUUCAUAUUUUAAAAUGAGGUCAAUUUAUUAUAAAUUGUUUUUACAACUGUGUAUUUAAAAAUAGAUUUUCCAAAUAGAAAUUUGAAUUAUUAAUAUUAUGAGAUUUAUUAAACUUACUAUAUCGCAUUGUUAACACUGUUAAAAGAUAUAAUUAUAGAGAAUAAAUAUUUAAAAAAACUCUUUCGAGGUUAUUAAUA